AAGUACAUAGAGAGAAAGACAGCAGGACUUUAGAGUAAAGCAAAACUAAAUAGCCAAGAGACUUCGGCAUUGGACACCACCCGGCGAAAACGGCAAGCAGAAAGCUAAAACAACAAGAGAGGAAAAAACAGCAAUGAAGUGAUAGAGGGACUGGUGAGAGAGAGAGAGAGAGAGAACAAGGAGUAUUUUUGAGAAAAAAGGACUGGAAACUCCUAAUUAGUCACUACAGGGUUGAGACUUGAGAGAAGAACAAGCACAGGGCGAUGAGAAUCCUCAACAAGGACCUUCGCCUCCAGGACGUGACCAUCAUGUACCUGACGGUGCUCGCCACGCUCGUGGUCAUCCUAGUGGCGUCCUACCAGGCCGCCAGCCCCCCGGGCCCCCCCACCCCUGCCGCAGCCCCCCACAUGGCCUACCACAUGCCCCUAGAUCCCCGGGGGGAGCUGCAGCUGGCCUGGAACGUCAGCUACGCACAGCAGGAGGUUCUCCUGGAGCUGAGGGUUGCCCGGCCCGGAUACGGCCUGGUUCUGGGCAUGUCAGACCGGGGGGAAACCACCGACGCGGACCUGGUUGUGCUCUGGGACGACGGGAAGCAGUCGUACUUUGGGGAUGCAUGGAGUGACAACCAGGGCCGUGUGACACUGGACACCCAGCAGGACUACCAGCUGCUGGGAGCUCGCCAGACCCCUGAGGGCUUCUCUCUGUUGUUCAGGAGACCAUUCAACACCUGUGACCCCAGGGACUACCUUAUAGAGGAAGGCACCGUCCACGUGAUCUAUGGGGUGUUGGACCGGCCAAUCAGCUCCCUCCAGCAGCUCAACUUGUCCCGCCUCAACAUGGGGGUGCAGCGUGUCCUCAUGCUCCGUCCAGACACCCCCUCCCCCUCCCUGCCCAGAGAGGUCCUCAGUCUGGAGGUCCUGGCCCCCCAGGUGACCAUCCCCAGCCAGGAGACCACCUACUGGUGCUACGUCUACCAGCUGCCCGCCAACAUGCCCAAGAACCACAUCGUCAUGUAUGAAGCAGUAAUAACUGCAGGCAACGAGGCCAUCGUCCACCACAUGGAGGUGUUUGAGUGUUCCAGAGACAUCCAGAACGUUCCUCUUUACAGCGGCUCCUGCGACGAUAAGAUGAAGCCCAAAAACCUCAACUACUGUCGGCAUGUGCUGGCUGCCUGGGCCAUGGGAGCAGAGGCAUUCUACUACCCUGCAGAUGCUGGUCUUCCUCUGGGCGGUCCAGGGUCUUCUAGGUUCCUGAGACUGGAGGUUCACUACCACAACCCCCUCCUGCUGUCAGGUCGUCGGGACUCUUCAGGGAUACGCUUGUUUUACACCCCCGCCCUGCGCAAGUACGACGCAGGCAUCAUGGAGCUGGGCCUGGUCUACACCCCUAUCAUGGCCAUCCCACCCAGGGAGCACAGCUUCCAACUGACUGGAUACUGCACAGACAAGUGCACCCAGACCGCCUUGCCCCCAGGGGGGAUUCAUAUAUUUGCCUCCCAGCUGCACACACACCUGGCUGGGAGAGGGGUCCGCACCACCCUGGUGAGACGGGGCAGAGAGAUCGAGGUGGUCCAGGAGGACAAACACUUCAGUACACACUAUCAGACCAUUAGGAUCCUGAGGAAGAUGGUGACGGUGCUGCCAGGGGAUGUCCUACUGACAGAGUGUACCUAUAACACAGAGGAACGUCCUGGGCCCACUGUGGGAGGGUUUGGCAUCAUGGAGGAGAUGUGUGUUAACUACGUCCACUACUAUCCCCGCACCCAGCUAGAGCUCUGCAAGAGCCAUGUGGACCCGGGCUACCUGCAGAAGUACUUCAGCUUCAUCAACAGGUUCCAGGGCAGUGAGCCGUGUGUGUGUGGCCAGACUGGUGUGACAGAGCAGUACUCCAGCUUGCAGUGGGACUCCUUCACUGGGGAGGUUCUCGGCUCCCUCUAUAACUCCGCCCCCAUCUCCAUGCACUGCAACCAGUCAACUGCCCAGCUAUUCCCAGGGGAAUGGGAGAAACAAAGCCUUCCAAUGGUGACCACUCAGCUUCAGAAGCAACGCUACCCAUGUGAGGGGGGGCAACUGCCAGAUGACCACAGCAGCCAGCCCACCCUGGUGCAGACCGAGCCAGGGGACGUCUGAGAGAACCUCAGGGAACGGCACUCUGACCGGGGACACAAUUGUUGCCCCGUGUUCUCUUUGUAAUGUUUGCCCCCCCCCUCCUCUUUUCCAAUGCUUCUCCCAAACCUAUGUUUCAUUUUAGAUGUACAUAGCAAGUUAUAAAUAGUUAAACUGAAAUGUAUCAAUCUACCAAGUGACUACAAAACGACAUUCAUAUUUGUAUGACUAAGACUAGUUCAUUUAUUUGAGUGUU